AUGAGGGUACAGGGAACGGUGUCUGCCUUGUUCCAAUCCAAUAUCACCCCCGAAACAGCCUUGAUCUCCUACCUCCAAGCCAUCUUCUUCCGCAACGCCACAACCGAGGAGGUCGCAGGGCUCGUGGCCACCUACCCCAAGAACCGGGACACCCUUGCGGGUGUGGGCGCCUCCAACAGCACCUACCCCGAGUUCAAGCGGCUUGCGGCUAUACUAGGGAACUGGGAAUUUAUUCUCAUGUCCCGCCUUCUGCUGGAGACUUUCCCUGCCGACGUUCCGGCAUCGUCGUACUCCGCGGCAUACGGCAGGGGGGCCUCCUAUCCUGGGCAAGUCCCGUCCCGGCACAUGAGCCCGAUGGUGGGUUUGAGUGUGAGGGUUGCAGCGCCGUGUGCUUCUGAGAUGCUGCGGAUACAUGCCCAUGAUUAUCCCCGCCUUUCUGGGCCUGCUCCUCCUCCCGCUGCUUCAUGCCAACGGCGAAGACGGCACACAUGGCUUGACCCACGAAUGCUAGUUGGUCUUGAUGUGCGAGAAGGGCGAAAGGAUGCACUUGCGGCUGCUCUCGUUUAG